AUGAGGGAACAUAGUAAGUACGAGGAUUUCAGCAUAUUACAGCAGGCUGUCCGGCCAGCCGGCCCUCCGCCCGCGCCGCGGGGUGGGCAAGCGCCCCGCGGGGGUCUCGGGCUCCCAGCCCACUGCCCCGCCUCCCUGCCACCAGCUAGGCGUCGUCCGGGGACGCCCCUCGCCGAGAGAGACCCUCAAUCACAAGUCACCCCGCCCUCCCCACCGUCCUCGCCGUGCCACGCAACCCCGCCCCCGAACCGCCCUCCCGAUCUCCGUGCAGUACCCCUCGCCCCUCGCCGGGAAGAACGCAGUGACUCCAGCAGCCCUGUCGGCUCUUUGGGCCCAAGGGGCGGGCGCGGCAGCCAUUGGCGGAGGCCGCUGCCUCCGGCUGUCAAUCCCGCGGCCCGGCCCCGCCCCACCGGCGGAGCGUGGCAGGACGCAGGGCCGCGGGGGCUGUCGGGACGGCUCCAAGAUGGCCGCGCGCUUGGGGUCCGCACCUGCUGGCAGCACCGAGCCCCGUUCACUGCCACCGCUGCUGACCAGAGCCGCCGGUCGGCCCGGCGACUCCGGGGGCUGACCCCGCGGGGCGGGAGGCCGCCAUGGCGACCCUGGAAAAGCUGGCGAAGGCCUUCGAGUCCCUCAAGUCCUUCCAGCGGCCGCCACCGCCGCCGCCGCUGUCUCAGCCGGCACCGCAACCGCCGCCGCCUCAGCCCUCUCAGCCGGACCCGCGGCCUCAACCGCCACAGCCGCCCGCCCAGCCCCCUCAGCCGGCACCGCAGCCGACGCCGCCUCAGCCGGUACCGCCGCCGCCGCCGCCUCAGGCCCCGCAGCCGGCACCGCGGCCUCAACCGCCACCGCCGCCCGCCCAGCCCCCUCAGCCGGCACCGCAGCCGUCGCCGCCUCAGCCGGUACCGCCGCCGCCGCAGCCCUCUCAGCCGGUACCGCCGCCUCAGCCCCUUCAGCCGGUACCGCCGCCGCCUCAGCCCCCUCAGCCGGUACCGCCGCCGCCUCAGCCCUCUCAGCCGGUACCGCCGCCUCAGCCGGUACCGCAGCCGCCUCAGCCCUCUCAGCCGGUACCGCCGCCGCCUCAGCCGUCUCAGCCGCCGCCGCCGCCGCCUCAGCCGGUACCGCCGCCGCCUCAGCCGGUACCGCAGCCGCCGCAGCCUCCUCAGCCGGCACCGCAGCCGACGCCGCCUCAGCCGGUACCGCCGCCGCCGCAGCCCUCUCAGCCGGUACCGCCGCCUCAGCCCCUUCAGCCGGUACCGCCGCCGCCUCAGCCCCCUCAGCCGGUACCGCCGCCUCAGCCGGUACCGCAGCCGCCGCAGCCUCAGCCCUCUCAGCCGGUACCGCCACCUCAGCCGGUACCGCAGCCGCCGCAGCCCCCUCAGCCGGCACCGCAGCCGCCUCAGCCGGUACCGCCGCCGCCUCAGCCCCUUCAGCCGGCACCGCAGCCGCCGCCACCUCAGCCGUCUCAGCCGCCGCCGCCUCAGCCGGUACCGCAGCCCCCGCAGCCCCCUCAGCCGGCACCGCAGCCGACGCCGCCUCAGCCGGUACCGCCGCCGCCGCAGCCCUCUCAGCCGGUACCGCCGCCUCAGCCCCUUCAGCCGGUACCGCCGCCGCCUCAGCCCCCUCAGCCGGUACCGCCGCCUCAGCCGGUACCGCAGCCGCCGCAGCCUCUGCAGGUACCGCCGCUGCCUCAGCCCUCUCAGCCGGUACCGCCGCCGCCUCAGCCCUCUCAGCCGGUACCGGCGCCGCCUCAGCCCCCUCAGCCGGUACCGCCGCCUCAGCCGGCACCGCACCCUCAACCGCCACCGCCGCCCGCCCAGCCGUGGGUCAGGAGCCGCUGCACAGACGGAAGGUUAAAAUAACAUCAAGAAAAUCACAAGCAUUUACGAUGUAAUCAGAACUACCUGAGGAUCUGUGAAACUUGGUGAGUUGGUGAAUUUUUUAAAAUGUCUUAAAACAUUUUGUUUUUACAAAGAUUACAGGAAUAAGAGAAGAUAAAUUUUAAUCAACUCUUAAUAUUUUUUUCCUGGUUGAUGUGAUAUAAUUAAAUGUGGGGAAAAAAAGGUAAAUUCUAAAAGGAGACACUACCUUGAUGGUUUUCUAUGGUGGAAACUCAAGCAGGAGGAAGUUUAAUUUAAAAACAUAAAUUAAUGCUCUUUGU